GAGAGAGAGAUUUCUUGUUAGAGUCAGUUACGUUAACUGUAGGCAGAGACAGUGUUUGUGCUCGUGUUGUCGUUGUGUUGUAUAUAUUUUUCAACGUGGUUCUGCUGUUCUAUGUUUGGUUCGGUGUUGGUAUCGGUGGUUGCUCUUCGAAGUGAGUAAGCGGUACCGGACACACACAUCUUGUUCAGGCCUGUCUGUGUCUGAGAAUCUGCACGACUUAACUCUUACCACCAUGGAUAAAGCAGAUUUCCUGAAAGGACUACCUGUGUAUAACAAGACUAACUUCAGCCGAUUUCAUGCAGACUCUGUAUGUAAGGCAUCGAACAGAAGGCCGUCGGUCUAUCUGCCUACACGAGAGUAUCCAUCAGAACAGAUUAUAGUCACAGAGAAAACAAACAUUCUCCUGCGUUACCUUCAUCAACAAUGGGACAAAAAGAAUGCAGCUAAAAAGCGAGAGCAGGAGCAAGCAGAAGGCGAGAGUGGCAGCCCGGCACCUCCUCGCAAAAUCGCCCGAACAGACAGCCAGGAGAUGAACGAGGACUCUUAGAGGAACCCUCGAUCCAACAGCACAAGGACCGACUCGAUAAGCCCAGAACAUACAAACACCUGCACACCACACAGGAAUUUCAUCUCAGACUGAAGGAAAUGAAAACGGCUUUACUCAUGGUGUGCUUUAUUUUACCGAGUGCUUCCUGAUGCAGUCAGUGCCCCUCACCCAGACUGACUGCCCGGAUUCGAACACGCUGCGGGCGUGACUGGUUUUCACUGCCAGCUUUGAUGGUUCUGGUGAAUUCUGAACGGUGGCGGGGGGUCGGGGACAGUGAUAUUCAACAAGCACAUAAUAAGGAAGGUUCAGACUGUGUGCUAUACCAUUGUGAGAUGUGUAACAUUGUGAUUUGUUAGGACACUGUUUAGGCAAUUUAAAAGCACUCUGUAAACCCAGCUUUCCUCGUAUACUUUGGCACAGAAACCCAUCACACAGUCUCCAAAGGGAAAGCGUUGAAGCCAUGUUUAGCAGAUUUGGAUAUGUAGUAUUUUGUAUGGGUGAUGAUGAUGAUGGUGUUCCUAACACGUGCACACUUGUGCAUGAAUGCACUGUUAGGACUGUCACCAAUGUCACAUCGAUGUCAGGGUAAAGAAAUGCAAAUGGUGACAUACAAAUGCAUAAUCACCACUGUUAUAUGAGCUUUCAAUGCUGUGCCCGUUGUGUGCUGAUUCCAUCAUGAUCCUGAUGAAGUAUGCAUUCAUCUCUUAACCUGCGGAGGGAGUCAGUGAGCUGUGUUGGGUACAAUGAAAGAAGCACCUUUUAGGCUUAAUACUGUACUCGCAGCCCACAACAUAUCCACAGUACUAUGUGUUUUCACUGUGUGUUGUCUGUAUUGAAGGCACACUGUUUGGAGAUGUGUAGUCUGUCUGCCAGCAGUUAAUUGUCUUAAGUGUUCAAGUUCUUGACUGGAAACGUUUUUGGUUUGUUCUUGAAAAGAUGCGUUAAGUUUGUACCAUAAAGCAUGCAUGGAUUUGGAUUUGGCAGAUAUCUUAAGGUUGCUUUUAAACGAGCUCAGAUUUUAGUGUCCAGUAAAGGGUGAAGUGUGCAGAGAGCAGUCCGGCCUAAAUUGAGCACUAUGGGUUACAGCAUUACUACUACCACCACAAUGACUGCAUAUAGACUUGCCAUGUUCUUUACUGAGGUUGUUUUUUUUUUUCUUUUGAGAAUCAAAAUUAAAAAUAUAAAAAAUGUGA